AUGGUUGCUAGCUAGCAAGCUAUGUGGGUGUUUGUGCUUCAUGUUUGGAAUGAUCGUGAGCAUAUUCAUUUAAAAAACAUAUAUUCGUGGUUAUAAUAGUGAAAUUAAAUAUUCUAGAUUAUAUUGCAAUGUGCAAAAGAAUCUGCAUAUGAAUACCAGGAGAGCACAUGAUAUGGGGGACGUUCUGGCUUAUGAAGCAGAUCUACUUGGGAUGGUGAAGGAGUUCCUCCGAUUUGGUGAAUUUGAAGAAACAGUGAAACUGUUCGAGAAGGAAUGCAAGAGCAAAGGAAAACCAGUUACAAAGAUUUCAGGGACAAUCUUGAGCAAUUCAAAAACAUUAAUCAUACAGAAGGACCUUUUAAGUUCAUUUGAGGAUGGGGAUUGCAAAGUGUUCUUUGAAUUGUGGAAUGGACAGAUCCCCCCAGAUAUUCGGGACUUUGACCCAGUCGCCCAGAAACUGGAGUUCUACCUGCACAUCCACUUUGCCAUCUACCCUUUGAAAUACACUCCAGGCAGACCUGACAGGUCGGAUUUUGAGGACAGGAUCAAACACUUUAAACACUACCUUGAGACCAGAGGCGCAGCACUUAGCCAGACCACAGAGUUCUUGCCAUUUUAUGCCCUACCCUUUGUACCCAAUCCAAUGGUGCAUCCCUCCUUCAGAGCUCUCUUUCAGGAGUCCUGGAUGCCAGAGUUGAGGAACAAACUGGAGAAGUUUCUCUCAGCAACUCUGAAAGCCUCCAAUACUCCAAGGCUGUUUACUUUAUAUAAGGAGAGUGGAAAAGGUGAUAAAGAGGCAUUGCAGCAGCAGCUAGCUGAUGCAGAGAGGAGGGCAGCCAGCAACAUGAGGAGGUUCAACAAGAUGCAGGCUGAUUACCACAACCUCAUCGGUGUCACAGCCGAGCUGGUGGAUUCGCUAGUCGCCACCGUCAGUGGAAAGAUGAUCUCUCCAGAGUACCUGCAGAGCAUCUGUGUCCGUCUCUUCAGCAGCCAGAUGAGACAAAGUGUAGCACAGAGCAUCGACUUCACCAGGCCUGGAACUGGAUAUUACUCUAUGAGCCCUUAUGACAAUGAUGAUGGAUAUGCUUCCUCCAUGCUGCGAGCGUCCAUCGCACCUCUGAAGCCCCAGGACGUGCCGUUGCUGCCCUCGCUGGACUAUGAGAAGCUGAAGAAAGACCUGAUGAAUGGCACCGACAGACUGAAGGCUCUGCUGCUGCAGGCGCUGCGAUGGAGGCUGACUCGCUCCCUCCACGGCGAGCAGAGGGACACAGUGCUGCAGGCGUUCAUAAGCAACGAUCUCCUGGACUGCUACAGCACCAGCCAGAAAAAUGUUCUUCUCCUGAUGAAAUCAAAGAAUGAGAUAGUCCGGCAGUACAUGGCACGACUCAUCAAUGCUUUUGCCUCCCUGUCAGAAGGUCGCAUGUACCUGUCUCAGAUUCCGACUCUGUUGAGAACACUGCAGGACACUUUGAGGACUGAAGAGAAGGACUCUGUGACCAGAGAGAAUGUGCUGGGUGCCCUACAAAAGCUCAGUCUCAGACGGGCUCAACAGUCAGCCAUGAUUGAGGAUGGGCUUAUCGGAUGGCUGGUGGACGAGCUGCAGGACUCGGACUGCCUGUCAGACUACACCUUGGUGUACUCAGCUGCCCUGCUCAUGAACCUCUGUCUGCGAACUCAAGGAAAGAGGAAGUGUGCUGAGAAUGCUAAACACGUGCUGAAGGUUCUAACAGACCUCCUGGGACACGAGAACCAUGAGAUCCGACCAUAUGUGAACGGAGCCCUGUACAGCAUUCUGUGUGACCGCACGGUGCAGGAGCAGGCCAGGGAGAUGAGCCUGGAAGAGGUAUUGCGCUGCUACAGCAAGGAGGAGAACCCGGACCUCCACCGACAGAUUGAGUUCAUCAUCAAACAGCUCCACUCUGGGGAAACAUCAGAAGACGGGGCUGAAUCCGACGAUGAGGAGGAUGACAAUGAUGAGGAUGAUGCAAUGGAGGCAGACCUGGACAAAGAAGAAGUGCUUCAACCACAGCCAAGGGAACUCUCAGGAGAAUCUCUGCUGACUACAGAAUACCUGGGGAUCAUGACCAAUACAGUGAAAUCCAAGAGGCGGUCAACCCCACUCACUGGUCAGAGCUUUGACGAGCCACUCCAGCGCCCAGUCACUCCUAGCUCACAGCGAAACAUAGGUGCCCUGGAUUUCCAAGUGAGCAAUGAUGGGGAACAUCUGUCGGACCAGCAGAGGAGGAAAGGCAGCCCGCCCACAUCCCGUGGCAGCUCCCGACCCGCCACUCGAACCAGCAGUCGACCCAACACUACCGACUCCCUCCGCCAAACUCUGGACUCGGAGUGUGAGCGCUCCUCCCAGGAGUUGGGGCUCGAUCGGCACUUCGAAGGGCUCCCCCUGCAGGCCGAGGACAAGUACAACGGCCACUCAGCCAGUGACUUUGUCCUUGGAUUUGCAAACCGGCCGAAGAUCCCACGGACACCCGACAAUGAUGCUUUGAGCCCCCGGAAGGCCCGCAUUCCAACCCUGGCCCCGCAGUUCUCCCAUUCAGGCCCCCAGCAAACCAGUAGGCCCAGUUCCGCCGGAUCUCUAGGGAGAAGCAGCCGACAGAGCAGCCAGUCGCACAGGAAGUGAGAAACGAACCUUUCAGCACCUGUGUCCUUCCCAGUAUCUCCCAAGUCUCAUCCAACUUCCUGUAACUCUAUGCAUGGGACUUAUGAGGGUCACUGCAAUAGAGACGAUAGCGGGGUCUGGGGCAUGGAACAAUACGCUGGAUUGUAGUCACCCACAGCUCCUUUCAGCCCCAGCACAGAACACUUCUGUAACACAACACUCUCAGUGAUAGUCAUAACAAGCACUUUUUUAUUCUGGUACCCCAAG